AUGUACGCCCUCCAACGGUUACUCUACGGAUUCCCCGAACCGGCUCCGUACAAACGCAGCAAGCCCGUCGAGGUGCUUUGCCUGGGAUUACCACACACCGGAACCGAAUCAUUGAGCGUGGCCUUGCGAACUCUGGGCCUGCCAACAUAUCAUGGCUGGGAUUUAGUCUUCGAGCUAGAUGGCAGCAAGUUGCUACACUGUACUGAGCUAGUGCGGCGGACGUACAACGGUGCUCGCGAUGGCGACGUGCAGACUACAAAGCAAGACGCAUCCCUUCGUAGACACCAGGCUUUGUCCCGUUUGUUUCGAAUGAUGGAAAAUCGACCUAACAUUCUGGGAUGUUGGCCCUCCGCCUGCACCGCCGCCUUCUACCUCUGA